CGGUGCUCGACCCUGGCACUUCCUCUUUCCGUGGCCCAUCUUUCCAAGACGGUGGCCCUGCCAAAGUAGCGGAUCUAAAUCCGCCAGAAUCCGAGCCUUGCAAGCGAAAGCAAGCAAAGAUGGCUAUGGAACAAAUGACCCUACGUGGUACCCUAAAGGGCCACGGGAAUUGGGUCACCCAAAUCGCCACGACACCCCAGAAUUCCGACAUGAUUCUGUCGGCAUCCCGAGAUCACUCCAUCAUUGUCUGGAAGCUGACUCGUGAUGAGAACAACUACGGCGUCCAACACAAGUGCUUGAAUGGUCACUCCCACUUUGUCUCGGAUGUGGUCAUCUCGUCCGAUGGUCAGUUUGCCCUCUCUGGAUCCUGGGAUCACACCCUCCGCCUGUGGGAUCUCAACACGUCGACCACCACUCGACGGUUCGUCGGCCACACCAAGGAUGUCCUGAGUGUUGCCUUUUCUGCUGACAACCGUCAGAUUGUGUCAGGAUCCCGCGACAAGACCAUCAAGCUGUGGAACACCCUGGGAGUCUGCAAGUACACCAUCCAGGAGGAUGGACACACUGAGUGGACGUCCUGUGUCAGGUUCUCCCCAAACAACCAGAACCCCAUCAUCGUGUCCUGUGGCUGGGACAAGCUGGUCAAGGUGUGGAACCUGACCAACUGCAAGUUGAAGACAAACCACAUCGGACAUAUGGGUUAUCUCAAUGCUGUGACAGUGUCCCCUGAUGGCUCCCUGUGUGCUUCUGGAGGCAAGGACAGCAAUGCCAUGCUGUGGGACCUGAAUGAGGGGAAGCAUCUGUACACCCUGGAUGGCACCGACGAGAUCAAUGCCUUGUGCUUCAGCCCCAACCGCUACUGGCUGUGUGCUGCCACUGGCCCUACCAUCAAGAUCUGGGAUCUGGAAGGUAAAAUCAUCGUGGACGAGCUGCGGCCAGAGAUCAUCUCCACGAGUCCGAAGGCCCGACCGCCCCAGUGCAUCUCUCUGGCCUGGUCAGCUGAUGGCCAGACUCUGUUUGCAGGCUACACCGAUAACCUAAUCCGUGUAUGGCAGGUUUCUCUGGCAAGGUAGAUAACCAUAAACCUUGCAUCAACAAACAUGAAAAACUUUAUCCUAAUGGUGGAUUGUAACUCUGCCUAAAGUAUGUAGUGGAAAUGUUUCUUGGCUCUACACUACAUUACUAUGAGGCAUGAAAAUAAAUACUAUUUACACCAUGAAA